UUUUUACUUAACGAAAUUUGUCGAAUCGAUCCUAUUUUUUAAUCGAUCGACGUCGACCAGUUCGACGCUUCUUAAGGAUGAAACAGACUUUGGAGUGGUUUCCUUAAAAACACUUUAGAUUCUUGGAUUGAGGUUUUCAAUUUCCCAACUUCUCUAAAGGUAAGGUUUUUCGAAAAAGGUUUAAGCUUAACAUUUUAGCUGCUAAAAUAUUAUUUUAAAAUGUAAUACACCUUUCCCGAGACCAUGAGUCAUACUUUUUUAAACUCGUAAAAUAUGAAUACCAUAUUUGAAUUCAGCAUAGUUUGUUUAAUUUAUGUGUAAAAGUUUAACUUGAUACGCCAACAGAAAGUGCUAUUUUGAGAAGAUAUAUAUCACACAUAAAGUCUUCUUAAUGCUCAAGUUACCAUGUCCCGCCUCGUUUUCAAAAAGAGGGUGGACAUGCCACAAAUCUUUAAAUUAGAAUACCAGGUUGUUUACUUGCUGCAAUGUUUCGAAAUUUUCUUUGGUUAUGACAUUUUUGAUAAGGAAUUCAAAUCUGUUGUCCGUUUUUCAUAAAACUCAACAGAAAAAGUUGCGGCACAUCAAAAGAAUAAGUCUCGGGAAAGGUGUAUUUAAGCACCUUUUUAUUUUUCUAUGGCUAAACUACAUUUCCUGUCUACAAUGGGUCUAUGGGGUGAAAUAAAAAGAAGCUGUUACUAGGACUAGCAAUGCAAUGGUAUGAACUUAAACCCAUGAUAGAGCAGUUGAAAUUUUUAAAACACAAGGCAUGGAACUAAAAUGCGUUUUUGUUGUUUUCUUUUAUCCAACGAUCCAAGCAGUCAUAUAUGAUUCGUACUGCAAAUUUAAUCCAACGGCGGUACAAUGCCAGGCGUUGUUUAAUAUGGACACUCUGCCAAGUACCACGACUUGUGAUCCACGAAGAGGUGAUUGUAAAAUGAAUGAUAUUUUGUACUACCUGGUCUCAGACUGUCAUUUGGAGAUAGAAGAUCAAGUUGGCCUUAGAACAGACUUUGAGAAUACUCGCUAUCCAUUUUAUAUAUUCCACUCGUAUUCUAGAUGUUUUCCAGCUAUUCAUAAGUACGUCAACGUUUACACGACAAGAGUUGUCGGAGUCACUGCAGGCCGUACCGUUUGCGUACCGAAUGUGUAUCGCAGUUUUAUCAGGUGUGGUGAUAAUGGUACCCGGUGUGUGUGUGACACUGGUCAAGAGAGGGGGAGUUUGUACAGCAUGGAUAACCAUAAUUGCAGGUGUCAAUAUUUUGUUGACUAUUGCACCGUACCAAAUAUCUGCGGUGGAAAAGGAAGCUGUAUGACGAAAGGUGCAGUAACAUGUGCAGGAGGAAGUAUCAACCAAUGCGUGGCAAACCCAACGCUUUGUGAGAGUGACGACGCCUUUUGCGUAGAAUUAGAAGACAAGGAUAGCUCUUGGAAGUCUGGAGAAGAAGUUGUUGGGGAUGGGUUUUCAUGUAUUAAGAAAAAGGUUUUUAAACAAUUACAGAUACUGGCACCCUUUUGUGAUUUUAAUCGAACAGACCACGUGUUAACGGGGAGCGGCUUCCGUCGCCCUGGAAACAAUCUGGAUUAUUGCUGUUAUCGGCAUUUGGUAUGUGUGCGAAGAAAGGACGGGAUUGGUGGAUAUUUGUUCAAGAAUCGACCGUGUUACUGCAAUCUCGAAUUUCUAAAGUGUUUAAAAAGGGAGAGAAGGAAUGUAAAGCUAGUAACAUAUGCAGACAGUUUGAUACAAGUUAUCAAACAUAUUAGAGUUUGUUCUAUCGACGACACAGGAAAGUGUAAUCCGUUAAACCCGUUAACAUGUGAAAAGGGAGAUUUAAUAUCCCCUUCGCUUGCGCAUUGCAAGGUAAAUUGCAAAACAGGACCACUGUUACCGAUUGAGAAAAGAGCAUGUCGAAUUCGAAAGUGUACUCCACCGAACAAUUUAAAGCAUAGUCGAGUGAUAGAUGUUCCAUACUACAAAGAAAGUUCUAGAUGCGACGCAGUCCAAGGACUCACAGUUACUUGCGGUAUGAAACAUACACGCUGUGUGUGUGAUGGUUUACCCACUGACACAAAAUUCACGGACAGAUGCAGGUGUCAAUAUUGGCCUGAAAUUUAAAAAAUCCACAUCGUCUGUUUUUAACUAGAACAUGUUGAUUUUUUAGUUUGAGGGCUAACGUUGGACUACUUCAAAUUAAAUUGUUGUUUACUGCUCCAGUUGGAGUAUUAGUAAAAUGGAUGCCUCGUUUUUUGUUUAGUCAUUAAUCAACUUAAUUAACAUUAACUUUUUCGUAUAUUUUUAUUAUUAUUAUUAUCAUGUAUUUGUUUCCAUUAUUUACAAAUGGUUCUUCUCCAUAAAAAAAAAAAAAAAAAAAGUUAUUUGCAUAAGUUAUGAUAAAUUUAUACAUAUAAUACAAUUAAUAAAAUACUAUAAAAUCCUACACUUAAGAUAAGUCAAGACACAUGGUAAUUAGAACAGAACGCUGAGAAAAGGCUGAAAACAGGGAGACAAAAAAUUGGAACGUGGAAAAAGUAGAAGACAAAAGUGCAUAAGUUCGCCAAUUAAAUUGUAGCUUAAAUAAAUUGAAUAAAAUAGACAUAAGUAGGCACAUGGUGCUAAGUAAAUUGGGGUAGUAGACA